AUGUUGUUUGCGGCCCUUUUUACUCCCUUGAAUGCCCAGGAAGUGUUUGAGUUUAAUUUGACGGGAGUGUUGAUGCAGCUGGAGCAGCAAAAGACUCUAACUCUUCCUGCUGACGUGGCUGCCCGCGAUCGCUACCCUUAUCCAACUCUUCUUGAGAUGGCGGCGUCAGCCAACAAAAAGCAGCAGCAGCAGCAAACCGAGCAGCAGCAGCAGCAGCAGCAGGGGGAGGAGAAGAAGGAGGCGGAAGACUCUAAAGAGAACGGUUGCAGCAACUGCAGCAACAGCAGCAGCAGCAGCAGCAUUGGGGACUGUGAAGGAGGCAACAGCGACGCCUCCAGCAGCAGCAGCAGGUGCAGCAGCAGCAGCGACAGCAGCAGCACUGCUGAACCAAACAGUGUCAAAGAAACAGAGAGCAGCAGAAGCAAUAGCAGCAGCAGCAGCAACAGCAGCAGCAGCAGCGUAGAUGAUGCUGAGGCCCAAUCUCUUUUGGGGAUUUCUAAGGGUAAGCUGCCUAUACACCUCAAUAUAUACAAAUAA